AUGGAAAAGGUGCCCAGUCCGGGUGGUGCAGCCUGGCACCUGCUGGCCCUCUGUGCCCUUGGGGGGGCUGUAGCUGGGGAGACUGGCAGCUCACCUGGCAGUGUCUUCCGUGCAGAUUCAGUGACCACCAGUAACCUCAGGAGCAUAGGUGACCGGAAGGUAGCGGAAUGGGGCGUGGUGGACAUGCUGCUCACCGCUGUGAACUGCUACAGCGUGAAGGCUGCCACCCGCGUGCAGGACGCCUUUGCCGCCGCCAAACUCCUGGCCCUGGCCUUGAUCAUCCUGCUCGGCUUCGUCCAGAUCGGCAAGGGUGAUGUGUCUAAUCUGGAUCCCAAGUUCUCCUUUGAAGGCACCAAACUAGAUGUUGGGAACAUCGUGCUGGCUCUGUACAGUGGCCUGUUUGCCUAUGGAGGAUGGAACUACCUGAAUUUUGUCACAGAGGAGAUGAUCAACCCCUACAGAAACUUGCCCCUGGCCAUAAUCAUCUCUCUCCCCAUCGUCACACUGGUGUACGUGCUGACCAACCUGGCCUACUUCACCACACUGUCCACCGAGCAGAUGCUGGCAUCCGAGGCUGUGGCUGUGGACUUUGGGAACUACCAUCUGGGAGUCAUGUCCUGGAUCAUCCCUGUCUUUGUGGGUCUGUCCUGCUUCGGCUCAGUCAACGGGUCACUCUUCACAUCCUCAAGGCUUUUCUUUGUGGGGUCCAGGGAGGGUCACCUACCCUCUGUCCUCUCCAUGAUCCACCCACAGCUCCUGACGCCUGUGCCGUCCCUCGUGUUCACGUGCAUCAUGACCCUGCUGUACGCCUUCUCGAGAGACAUCUUCUCUGUCAUCAACUUCUUCAGCUUCUUCAACUGGCUCUGCGUGGCCCUGGCCAUAAUUGCUAUGGUGUGGCUUCGCUUCAAGAAGCCUGAGCUGCCGCGGCCCAUCAAGGUGAGCCUCAUCCUCCCCGUGUUCUUCAUCCUGGCCUGCCUGUUCCUAAUCGCCGUGUCCUUCUGGAAGACGCCCGUGGAGUGCGGGAUCGGCUUUGCCAUCAUCCUCAGUGGCCUGCCCGUCUACUACUUCGGUGUCUGGUGGAGGAAUAAGCCCAAGUGGCUCCUGCAGGGCAUCUUCUCGGCCACCGUCCUCUGCCAGAAGCUGAUGCAGGUGGUCCCACAGGAGACCUAGCCAGGAGGCCUGGCCUGCCAGCAGAGCUCACAUGGCCAUUUCCAGACAGCUCACCUUCAGAAAAGCAACUCCCGGUCCCUGUCACGUCCCCACAGCUCCUCUGCACGCGGCCAGCCACCCAGCAUCAUCUCACUGUCCCUGUACAUCCAGCACUCAAGGCAGCUGUGAAAACUGGUACGAAUUUAGGCCUGAAAGAUGAACCUCCCCAGGCCAGAGGUAGGAGCUGUGAGCUGAGGAGGCUUGGCAUUUCUGUCCCCACAGGGACUGGGGACAGCCACACAGCAAGCCUUCUCCCUUCCUUUGUUUGUUUGGGUGUUUGGGGUUUUUUGUUUGGUUUUUAACUUAAAUUUCCAUAUCUGGCAUCUUGGUUGAGGUCACCAAGAUGAUCUUUUAAAGCAGUGAGGCAGCAAGGGGCAGGAGAGGCUCUUGGACCUAAGGCUGCCCACACACAGUACAGCAUGACUCAGAGGGACCAGAUCACUGUCACCAGGUGGACAGAACUACUGAGACUGGACGUCACCAACUCAACCAAGGUCUUACACUGACAGCCAGAUGCCAGCCCAAUGUAGGGCUUGGCUUGGUUGUUUUGACUGUUUUUCUGAGGUCUUUCCAGGACCUCUUGUAUGCUAGGCAAGUGCUCUACCAGAAAUCACACCCCAACUCUAUCAUGUAUAGACAUGAGAGAAGUCCCCCUGGGCUUAGGCCUCUGCCCCCAAAGAGGAAAAUCUCAGCAACGCCGCUGCCUCCAUAGAGAGAGGAGCUCAGGGGAAGAACCAGACCUGCUGGCCCACUGCAGGGCUGUGCUCUGAACACAAGUCCCAGCUCUGGGGAAUCCAGAGCUCUGCAUCAGCCAGCACUGCCCCAGGAACCUUCUGCAGCACCUGGUUUCUGAACUUGACUGCUGUGUGCACAUGCACCCCAGACCCUAUCCUGAAGGGACAAGCCCUGGCAUGGCAGCGCCACCUCCUGGUGGGUUUGGAAGGCCAAGCUCUGGUUCCUGCAGAUAAAGCCCUGCAGCUCAGCUCUCCCAGAAAUAGACCAUAAAGGAGACUUCAUGGCCCCAACCCGAGAGGCUCCCAUCCACAGACUGGCCACUCCUGGAGGUUGAGGCACUGCAGCCCAUCACAGGCUCAGAGGAAUCAGCCUCUGUCAUCUGCUGACUGGAUGGCAGCCCACUCCUGGCCAUGGUGCCCCCUGCCCAUCCUCUCCCCAGUCCUCUGUGACCAUUGUCCAGAAAAUGAAGCCAAGCAUCCCACCUCCUCUGCUACAUGUGUACCCCUGUGCUACCUUGAGGACGCUGGCUCUGCAGGGUGAAACGCUGCUGCUCUGCACAGACCCCUUGCACUUCCUGUGGAGGCACUACCUUUCCAGCUUCUUUUUCCACUGCUCCCUGAGGGAGGCAGCUCUGGCCCCUCCACCAUG